GGUCUCGGACACAUCAGCGGUUGCCACAUCAAUCCGGCCGUCACAAUUGGCUUCCUCAUUGUCGGUGAAAUGAGCAUUCUGAAGAGUAUUUUCUACAUAAUUGUGCAAUUGGUUGGAGGCAUUGCUGGCGCAGCGUUUAUAUACGCUUCAGUAACCGCUGAUAUCGCCGGCACAAACUUGGGUGUUUCUGCGCCAGCAACCGGACUUGGUAGCGGACAAAUAGUACUAAUUGAGGCUUUGAUCACCUUCAUAUUGGUAUUCGUUGUCAAAGCUGUCUCCGAUCCAGGCCGUUCGGACAUCAAAGGUUCGGCGCCACUUGCCAUUGGACUCUCCAUUACAGCCGGUCACUUGUGUGCUGUUAAAUUGACUGGCUCCAGCAUGAACCCAGCGCGUUCCUUUGGACCGGCUGUCGUUCAAAACGAAUGGACGGAUCACUGGGCCUACUGGGUUGGACCCAUACUUGGUGGCAUUAUUGCGGCAAUCUUUUACAAACUUUUCUUUAAGGUGCGCAAGGGCGAUGAUGAGGAUCAAUCGUAUGAUUUCUAAAUAAUAAAAAAACAACGCUAAACCAAGAAUAUCUAUAGCAACAAUAAGCAGAGAUGUGAAACAAAAACCGCUUGCGCACGCACCAAACCCACAGCCACAGCCAACCCAACGCACAUUCGCGGCGCGCAUAUGCAUGCCAAAAAAAAUAUAUGUUUUUGAUUUUUGUUUACCGUUACUACACGCCUUAGUACAUGUGUACCUACGUCUAUUAUUUAUGCGCUGUAUAAGCUUUGCGCUUCUCAUGCAGUUACAUACAUACAUACAAAUAUUAUGUAUGCGUGCAUACGUUUUACGUUAUUAAUUUUAAUUGGAAAUGAAAAUGUUGCGUAUACGUCGCCAAAUGGUAUUAUAUGUACGUCCUCCAUAUGUUAUAAUUUUAAUUAGUUAUAUAAGCACCGCAUAUCCGCAUACACACACACAUCCAUACAUCACCUCAUCCCUUCUCCCUUAACUCAUGUCGAAUCGCUCUCAUAACCGCCGCCCAAAGAUGCCACAAUCAGCAAGUAUGCAUUAUACGAAUAAAAGGAAAAAAAAAAGAAAAUUAGUGUAAAUGUUUGCAAAGAACUUUUUGAGAUUUUUCAACAGACGAAGCCAGAGCCGCCUUACACCAGCAAAGUUUUUGAUUACCACCUUCAGCAGCUUACAAUUUUAUGCAUUUUAUCAAUACUUUCACACAAUUGUACAUAAAUAUUAAAUAGUUUCAUAUUCAGCAGCACAAAAGAAAUAGCUUUUCUUGUUUAUAGCGCAGUUUUCUAAGCAGAUAGCUUUUGAAAAUAUUUAAGCUUUUUGUGUGCCAACCACCAACCAAACACUCUUUGAAGACGUCUCGAAAUUACAAUUUUUGAAAUAUAUUUACAAGUAUUUUUAUAGCAAAUAUUUAUCAACAUAUCACUGAUGCUAAUUAACUGUAUUAUGAUAUUAACUUAAACUUUUUACAUACAUACAUACAUGCCUUCAUACAAAUGUAUACUUACAAAAAAAAUACGAUUUAUUUGUAAUUUUAGCGUGUAAGCGAGGAUUAACAAAAAUGCCGCAGAGAAAUGAAUUAAACAGUUCAACAGUUGUUUGCAACAAUUUGCCUUAAAAAUUAAACAACAACUAUGUAAUUAUGAUGUGCAUACAUUUACUUUAAUUUUUAUUUAUGUAUAUUACACAAUUUAUGUGCGUGUUGCUACGUCGUAAAUGUUCUUAUCUUAAAAUAAAUA